AUGAUGGCCUUCCCUGGGGCGUCGCCGAGGCGAAGGAUUGGAGGGCCCUCUGCGGGCCUCCACCACUUGCUGCCUGGACUGGUGGCCGAGGGGGCCGCGCUCAAGGGCUGCAGGCCGGCCUUCGCCUACCCGGGCCUUCACCUCGAGGUGGGGCCUUCGCCGGGACCCUACGGAGGGGCUCUCCCCGCCGCCGCCGCCACCGCCGCUGUUGUUGCUGCUCCGAACGCGGGGGCGCUGCUACUGCCACCGUCGCAACUACAUCAGCACCACCACCAUCAUCGCGCCUACCAUCACCACCAUCACCUGCACCAUCAUGGGAAUGGACAUCAGCAGCAGCAGCAUCUGCAACACCUGCAACAGCAGCAACAGCAGCAGCAACAGCAGCAGCAAGGGAAGUUGACCCCGGCCUUGCCCCUCGCAAUGCCCCUGCCGCUGGUGCUGCCCAAGGCCCGUGAAGUUCCGUGUCGCCCAAUGCCUUUCCUCCCCAUAGGGGGGGAGCCCUCCAUCUCUCCGUCCCGUCCCCACCAACAUCACCAACAUCACCAGCAUCAACAACAACAACAACAUCAACAACACGGUCAGAACAAUCGACAAAACAAUCAGCAUCAUCAACAGCAAACUCAGAACCAGACUCAAGCUCAGCAACAACGUCAACACCACCACCACCAUCACCGGCAACAACAACAACAGCAACACCAUCAACCACAUCAUCAUCAUCAUCAGCCACAACAUCAAGUGCAACAAAGGUUCUAUUUCUCUGAAGCGGAGCUGCACGCGGUGCUGUACGGGAGGUUGGGCCCGCGGGGAGGGGUCGCAGGGCACGCCAUCUCGGGCCUUCACCUGGGCCUUCCUGCAGGUGUGAGGCCUCAGACUGUGCCACUGGAUCGCGAGUCUCUCAACCUCCCUGAAGGCCUCAGCAUCCUGCACACGUGGCUGGGCACCGAGGCGCACUACGGGGUGUUCUGCACGCGGGGCCUCGUGGCGCGGGGCACGCGCUUCGGGCCCUACGCGGGCCGCGUCGUCUCGCCCAGCGAGAUCAAGACGCACGACGACAACUCGCACAUGUGGGAGAUUUUCGAGGGGGGCCGCCUGAGCCACUUCAUCGACGGGCGCGGCGCGGCGGGCAACUGGAUGUCGCUGGUGAACUGCGCGCGGAGCUCCUCCGAGCAGAACCUCGUGGCGCUGCAGAGCGGCCGCUCCAUCGUGUACGAGGCGAGCCGCGACGUCCCCUCGGGCCGCGAGCUCCUCGUGUGGUACGGCGAGUCCGCCUACCUGCAGUUCCUGGGCAUCCCCGUGGGGCUCAGGCUCCCGACGGCCGCGGCCUCGAGUCCCGGAGCGGGCCCGGGACGCGGGCCGGGACCCGGGCCGGGCGGCGGAGACGCGGCGAGCCCCGCGAGCGGCGAGGGCUACCGCUGCGAGCGCUGCGGCAAGGUGUUCGCGUACCGCUACUACCGCGACAAGCACCUCAAGUACACGCGCUGCGUGGACCUCGGCGACCGCAAGUACCCGUGCAACCUGUGCACCCGCUCCUUCGAGAAGCGCGACCGCCUGCGCGUGCACAUCCUGCACGUGCACGAGAAGCACCGGCCGCACAAGUGCACCGUGUGCGGCAAGAGCUUCUCGCAGUCGUCCAGCCUCAACAAGCACAUGCGCGUCCACUCCGGCGAGAGGCCCUACAAGUGCGUCUACUGCAGCAAGGCGUUCACCGCGUCGUCCAUCCUGCGCACCCACAUCCGCCAGCACUCGGGCGAGAAGCCCUUCAAGUGCCGCCACUGCGGCAAGGCGUUCGCGUCGCACGCGGCGCACGACAGCCACGUGCGGCGGACGCACGCCAAGGAGAAGGCGAGCCUGGCGUGCGGAGCCUGCGGCAAAGCGUUUGCGCAGCCCUACGAGCUCAAGUUCCACCUCAAGAUACACGCCGGAGAAGGACACUGGACUUGCGGCGAGACGAUUGAGACGAUCCAGGCCGCACCGAACGGGGCGUCCGAUGAGUCGGGACCAAGACGCGAAGGCAUCGUCGCGAGCUCCGGGCCGCCGGUGACGAGGACGCUCGCCUUAGGUGGGCGGCCAUCACCGGGCCCUCUGGAGACGACUUGGUUCCUUGCCAGGCACCUGUCGGAGCGAGACGCCUACCUGGCCGAGGCACGCAACGGGGUCAAGGGGGGAGGAGGGGGGAGGAAACACCCCGCGAGACUCGGUGGCGAUACGAGCCAAGGCAAGCGAGACGACAUCCAGGUGCCCGGCCUACUGAGACAGGCCCUGCAAGGUCAUCCGGGCGUCUAG